AUGGGACUCAGCUGCUUCAAGUCCUGGACACAUGACAGCACAGGCCACAAAGGAAACAGAGACGUGUUGGCCAGCCCGGGGUCCUACUUCUUCCUCUCCAACAGCGCCGGUCAGGGCGACGAGUGGCUGAAGAGCCUCAACAAGGGAGUCUGGAUCCCCUUCACAGGAGUCUUUGGUCAGCGCCUGGAGGAGACGGUGCUGUACGAGCGACGCUACGGGGUGCGUUUGGUUCCUCUGGUGGUGGAGCAGUUGCGUGAACUUCAUCCUGGGAGCGCGGGCUGCACGAAGUGGGCUUUGUUUCGCCAGCCGGGACGGGCCAGUCUGGUCAAAGAGCUGCAGGAGGCCUUCGAUGCAGGAGAGAGGCCGUCCUUCGACAGUAGCACAGACGUCCACACGGUGGCGUCGCUGAAGCUCUACCUCAGACAGCUGCCGGAGCCUCUGGUUCCUCACGGACGCUACCAAGGACUUCCUGCUACUGCCGGUCAGAAGCUGUCGAGCGAUCGCACACUGGUUUUGGCCGAGUUGAGAAAUCUUCUUCAUGAGUUGCCGGUUGCCAACUUCAACCUGCUCAACUUCAUCUGCCACUUUCUAAAUGAGGUCCAGAGUUACUCCGGCAGUAACAAGAUGAGCGGGCAGAACUUGGCCACUGUGUUCGGCCCAAACAUCCUCCGAGCCAAAGCUGAAGACCCGCAAAGCCUCAUGAGAGGUGCAGCGCUGGUCCAGGUGCUGAUGUUGGAGCUGAUCAGAGAGCACCGGUCUCUGUUUGCCAAAGCGCCCCCGGCCAACUCCGCCCGUCCACCGCGAGGUUUGCACCCUUCACCGAGCGCCCUGAGGCAGCCUCACCUCCACCCGCCGCCGUGCCUCCGCCAGCUGUCCAUGCCUCUCAUCGUCCAGAACUCCAGCUGCGCCUUCUCUGCCGCUGCCAAGUCCGACUUGUCCUCUGGCCAGAAGAGGUUCCUCGGCCACCGCUACACCUCCUCCCACCCGGAGAACUGCUUCUACCCCUUGCCCUCCUCCAGUCAGGCCCUCCAGCACCGCUCUGAAAGACACAACAUUGAUUAUCACCAGCACCACGCUGGGCGAGGACCAUCCUCUGCAGAUGUUCAAGCCUCUACAAACAGCCUACAAGACCCACUGCCGGACAGCUGCAAGCCCAGACCGACUCCCGCGAGCUGGGCAAAGGCCUGGCCCGGCCCGGGAGAGGCCGGCACUGGUUUCUGGAGCUCUGGUGCCGCAGAGGAAGACGGUACAGCGCCGGGAACGGCCAGCGGGGGAAGCAGCGAGGCCCAGGAGGACAGCAACCUUUCUGCCUACGACAAUCUGGACAGGGUGUCUCUACGUCGCAGGUUGGAGGAUGGUGGGCGUUUUGAAAGCAACGAUCCAGGAGGCCACGUCGGACUCUGCGGGGAGGAGGCUGAGUUGGAGGAGGCCGGGCGAACAAGGCAUUCCUCAUCUUCGUGGUCUUCCUGUGAGGUUCUACCAUUGGACGAGGGCUGCGAUGCCGUGGACGCGGUCAGUCCUAACGCAUCACCAAAGACACCCACGACUUCGAGUCGGGGCGCAGACGAGCAAAACAGCGAUAGCGACGAUCAUGAAGACGGCUACGACAAUCGGGAUAACGAUGAAGACGAUUUCGGCGGUGACGACGACGCCCACCACCCGAACUCCCCGGCCUCCUGCUCCGUGCUCAGUGACAGUACCCCUCUCAGUACGGGCAGCUCAGAGGUGUUCCUCCCCUCUUGUACUGCAGACCUCCAGGUGUCUGAGCCUCAGUCACAGCCCGGGGGCGCUCACUCACUCCUGGCCAAGCUGCGGCAUCAGAUGGCCCGGCAGAAGGACGAUUACCAGACCAGGAUACAGAGGUUGGAGCGCUGCAACGACGUCCUGGAGCGGCGGGUCGCGGUACUGCGGGUCGGUCUGGAGCAGCAGAGGCGCCGUCGCAGCGUCGCCGAGGUCAAGAUCGGCGACAUGGAGCGAGCGAAAGCCGACGCCGACCUCCGAAACGACGCGCUUCAGAGAGAGAUGGAGCGGUUCUUCCAGAUGUACGGCGAGGCCAGG